GCAUUAAACCUCGGAGGAAGAAGUUCAGUUUCACCGCGCUCUCUGUUGUUAUCUCGUGAUGCUGCCUUAAUACACAAACUGGUAGAAAUGCACUUUCUGUAAAUAUAAAAAUACAGCUUUUAAUCAGGUCAGUAAACACCAGUUAUUCUCCUCCUCAUAGUCGUGGAUUUGAAGCAAGCAGGAAUAUCUGGAGGAGUAUCAUCUGUGAAGAUGGUGUUUGUUAAAGAGGAGAGUGAACCAGAGCCCUGGGAAAUAAAACACGAGGAACCAGGAGGCCUGAUGAAAGUGAAAGAAGAAAGACAAGAACUGAAUGAGGUGGAGGAGAAACAUCAGUGUCAGAAAGAUCAUGAUGACAAUGGAGAAAAAUCAGUGAGUUGCAGCAUUCAAAUAACAGAAGUCCAAAGGCCUUUCAGCUGCUCUCAGUGUGGAAAGAGUUUCAAUCAUAAAAGAAGCCUUAUGAAACACAUGAGAAUUCAUAGUGGGGAAAAGCCUUUCAGCUGCUCUCAGUGCGGUAACACUUUCACGUCUAAUGUAAACCUUAAGAAUCACAUGUUAAUUCAUGCUGGAAUAAAGCCUUUUACCUGCUCUCAGUGUGGAAAGGGUUUUACACAGAAAAGGCAACUUAAGGAUCAUUUGGUAACACACACUUCAGAAAAACCUUUCAGCUGCUCUCAGUGUGGAAGCACUUUCACACGUAAAACAAACCUCAAGAAGCACAUGGUAAUUCAUACUGGGAUAAAGUCUUUUACCUGCUCUCAGUGUGGAAAGAGUUUUGCACAGAAAGGACACCUAAAGGAUCAUUUGGUAACUCACUCUUCAGAAAAGCCUUUCACCUGCUCUCAGUGUGGAAAGUCUUUCACACGUAAAGGAUACCUUAAGACUCACAUGUUAAUGCAUGCUGGAAUAAAGCCUUUUACCUGCUCUCAGUGCGGAAAGCAUUUUACACAGAACAGGCAACUUAAGGAUCAUUUGGUAAUUCACAAUUCAGAAAAGCCUUUCAGCUGCCUUCAAUGCAGGAAGUCGUUCACACGUAAAACAAACCUCAAGAAACACAUGGUAAUUCAUACUGGGAUAAAGUCUUUUACCUGCUCUCAGUGUGGAAGGAGGUUUGCACAGAAAGGACACCUUAAGGAUCAUUUGGUAACUCACUCUUCAGAAAAGCCUUUUGUCUGCUCUCAGUGUGGAAAGUCUUUCACACGCAAAGGAUACCUUGAGACUCACAUGUUAAUUCAUGCCGGAAUAAAGCCUUUUACCUGCUCUCAGUGUGGAAAGAGUUUCGUAUGUAAAAGAAUCCUGAAGAAGCACAUGUCAAGUCAUGCUGGGAUGAAGCCUUUCAUCUGCUCUCAGUAUGAAUAGUUUAACCUGUAAAUGAGGAUUUAAUAUAUAUGUAUAAUUUUAUUUUAUUUUUUUCAUUGUCUUCACAUGCAAAAUGAUCUCAAAUCUGUCAAACAUACUUGUAUAUUCAAAUAUUUACCAAUGUUCACCAAGAUGACGGAAACUUGUGGCAAUUUUCUGUUCACUAUAUAUAUCCAUUCAUGAAAGAAAUGUGUAAAAUAGACAUGCAAAUGUGAAUUUUCUGUUUACAUGUAACACACUGUUAGACAAAUAAAUGUACUGUGUAUAUUCAAAUGUGCAGAUUCUAUCUCUGUGUAUUAUAAUAUUGACUUUUCCCAGUGAAGUUUUACCUACUGUUGAAAUCAACCAGCAAACACACCCAUGUGGGG